AUGUCCGACCUCCAGCGCGCCCUCGCCGGCGCCCACCGCCCCAGCGCAAACCCCCGCAUCCACAGACUCAGCAGCCCAUACAACAGGCCCUCUCUCGCCAUGGGGGAUCUCGCCAGCCUGCCCAGUGGAUCAGACACACCAACAAAAGCCUCCCACAGACCGCCUCCCAGCUCGAGAGUGCAGUCGCCGUCCACUUCUUCCGGUGGCAUGACGAGGUCGGGAAGUGAAUCCUCGCUCUUCUCUGUGGCCAAGUCUCUGUUUUCCAGGUCCUUUUGGUCGGCCACGCCUGCGAAAGCGACCGACAGUCAGGGCUCGAAACGCGACUCCCUGUCUUCCUUCGGCCAUGAUCUCGAGGACCCAGAGUCUCCAUCAGACAGAAGAGAUGGCAAACGGAGAAGAAGAUUCUCUCCAGAGAAAAAGACCAACGGGUUUGUAGACCGGGAAGGCGACUAUGGGCCGGAUCACGAAGUCCAAGGUCGCGCCGUGUCAGGCUAUAUGCUCCCCUCCCUCUCUCCCCAUGUCACCUUGAAACCCAAGCAGUCCAGCACCGACAAGCCCCUGCCUUCUCAUCCCACCAAUUUCUCACGACCCCUCACCUCCUCCCAAUCCAUGCCAUACCUCGACCCUCCUUCGCGGGCUCUCAGGUCGUCCGGCACUCUGAAAUCCAUGGCUUCGCCCCGCAAGACGGGAGUGUUGACGCGGUCCAAGAGGGUGGAUUUGGCUUCAUUGGGAAAUGAUGAGUUGGAAGAGGAAGGAGUAUUGGUAGAGAUGCCCGAGAAGGGCAUGGAGAAGGAGCAAUGGAGUCCGUGGGCUUCAAAAUAUGCCGGAGCUACUGGCGCUGCCGCCAGCGCAGCUGCUAUACCUAGAGGUUCUACGCCUAGAAAAUCUUCUGCACUGACCGACUACGCCAUGCCUUCUGCUUCGCCCUUUCGCCUACCUCCUGCCUCUCCCCGCCCCCGACAGUCCACAAGUGGCCUGACACGUUCUGCCACCACUGCCAACCUCGGUCGGCAAUCCAGUGUCGUUUCUGAUAUCAGUAUGGCUUCGGGAAGUCGCCCGGUUGGGAGGAGCGUCAGUAUCAGAAAUUUGCGAGAACCAGAAUCUUCUUCCGUGUUUGGCGAGAGUGUGCUUGGUGAGGACGACUCUAUGACUAUCGAUGGGGAUAGUGUUAGGCGUAGAGAAGGAAGUGUCCUGGAUUGGUUCAUGAAGGAUCGCUGGGACAAACCUGGCGCCCCUGCUUCUGCCGCUUCUUCUCGAAGACUAACGUCCGCUGCUCCCUCUUCAUCGUCUACCAUCAGGAAGGGCCAAAUGGUGUGGAAUCAGGAGGACAAGGUCUUUGUCAGAGAAAGCGAGCUCAAAACUGCUCAACAUCCCAACCCCAUACAUAAAAACGAAGCCGAGCGGAUUCUCUAUACCCUCGAGGCUAUGCGCAAAACGCCUCUUACCGACGCCCGAAAAGGCGAUCUCCCACCCCUACUUGGUCAAUCUUCUCGAACGCUUCGUAAAACUAUAAAUGUGCCUUUGGCGACUGCUGCUGCCGGUGAGAGUGCCAAGCAGAGGAGAGAUAAGGAGCGAUUGGGCGACUCUGUGUCGGUAAUGAUUAGUCCUUAUGGGAGGAGGAAUGUUGCGGACAGGGAAGCCAAGGAAGUGAGAAGACAGAGCAGAGCAGAGGAUCGAGAACAACGCCUCUCGGUGACACCAUCGGACGCUAGGAGCGAUACCGUCAGCAAUAUCGAUAUGGACUCUGCCGCCUCCAGAGAUUCACGUUCGCCUGCUCCUCCUACCCCUCGCCGAUCUUCUCGUCUCAAGCGAGGGACCACUGCGGAAGAAGAGUCCACACCCAAGGCAUCAAGGCGAAACACCCGACGGGGCAACUCGAACCAACCCGAGUCCAUCGCCGAAGAGGCUCCGACGAAACGUUCAAGUCGACGCACUAGGAAGACAACGGUGGAUCGUGGUACUUCGCCAGAGCCACCUACACCGGUACCUGAAGUGCCCGUCAUCACUGCUACUGCUCCUUCCCCCGGCGGGCCCAGCUCUUCUUCCAACUAUCAGCCUCGAGCUGCUGAAGAAAUGCCCCGCGGCUCUUCUUCCUUGCGUGCCAAGUCGGAUAGCAAGCGAGCGCAUCAGAGUGCCGCUACCUACUCUCGUGGUCAAACUCCUUCUUCUGGGCGGUACUCUGCCAAAGACGAAGACUUGCCUGAUAUGGAAGAGCUGGAACAGGCAUCCAAGAUCAGCCUACCUUCUUUCUCUGGCAUCACCUUUGACAACUUGAGUGCUGGCGCGCCUGCUUCCAAGGCAGCUGCACCUGCCGUCCCCCAGCCUCCCCUGAGCCUGCCCCGAGCUGGCGGUCCCCUCGCUCGAUUGGGUGUGGCUUCGACCCGUCCCCGGGCUUCUUCUCCUCUUGCCGGGGGAUCUAUCGUUGCUGCUCCCGACUCGCCUCCCACUUUCCCUCCACCCAAAAAGGAUGAUCUUCAGCCUCCGGCGGGUGGCAUCUUUCCUCUUUUCAGCAACAACGACAAGCCUGCCGAGAAGCCAUCAUCUUCCCUCUCCGCGGGCGCUUCCUCUACCAGUCAACCUCCAGCUUCCACCUUUUUCUCAAAGCCUCCCACCCCCGAAGAGACCCCUGCGGCCGAGAAGUCUGCAUUCUCAUUUGGCAAGCCUGCCGGCGAGACUGAUGGGGGCGUUCCCGACUUUUUCGGCAAAAAGUCUGGCUCGAGCACCCCGGCUCCCGCUGCCCCUGUGCCUACGUUCAGCUUUGGUGUGAAAAAGACUACAGAGGAGAAGGCGCCGCCUGCUCAACUGCCUUCGUUCGGUGCGCCCACUCCAUCUUCCGGAUCUCCCGCUCCCUUUACAUUCGGUGCUCCUGCCGCUGAGAAGAAGGAGGAACCAAAAAAGACGAAUGGUACAGCGCCUGCGUUUAGCUUUGGCGGGUUCGGUGGAGAUAAGAAGGAGGAAAAGACGGAUGCCGCCCCUAGCGGUGGCUUCAACUUUGGGGCUCCCAAGGAGAGUUCUCCUGCGCCGGCUGCGUCGUCCUCGUUCUUUGUAAGUGUCCGCCUUUUCGGAGCACCAAAGCCCACAGAAUCUGCCGCCAAGCCUGCUUUCUCUUUCGGUGCUCCUGCUGAAAAGCCAAAGACUGAUGGAACUCCAAAGGUCGCUUUCAACUUUGGUGCUCCUGCAGCUUCGACUGAGAAGCCUGUCGAAAAGCCUGCUGAGACCGCGGCGGCGCCGUUUGCCUUUGGUACCCCUACUGCUCCCAGUAGCCCAGCCUCAAAGCCAGCAUUCUCCUUUGGCGCUGCGAGCGGGACGACCACCCCUGCGUCUACGCCUCCACCCACCUUUGGUGCUGUGAAGGAUUCUACUACCAAUGGGUCCACGACUCCCGCUGCUGCUCCUGCCUUUGGCGGGUUCAACUUUGGUAAAGCUGCCGAGAAACCUGCAGACAAGCCGGCGUCUACAUUCAGCUUUGGUGCUGGUGGUGGCGACAAGCCGAAUGGUGCAAGCUCGCCUUUCGGUGCUCCUGUGACCAAUGGUGACGCAGCAAAAAAUCCCUUUGGAGGAUCAUCUACACCUGCAGCAAGCAGCACCCCGUCAUUCUCCUUUGGGGCUUCCAGCAGUACAGGGACCAGCAAGCCCGCUGGCGCCUUUGGCAACGCUGCCCCUGCUGCAAAGCCAUUCUCCUUCGGCGCUCCUUCGAGUAGUGCUCCAGCUGCUGCCCCGGCGAACCCCUUCGGCACCAACAAUGCUGCCAACUCGAGCUCCCCGGCCUUCUCUUUCGGAGCGAGUAACACGGCUGCGCCAGCUUCUACUGCUUUCGGUUCUUCUGUGCCUACUCCCAAUCCGUUUGGUCAGCAGUCAGAGCAAAAAGCGAGCAGUCCUGCUCCAUUCGCCUUCGGCGCCCCCGCCCCUACACCGUCCCCCUCGACGUCGACGUUUGGUUUCGGCCAACCAUCCAACAACGCCUCGGCGGCUCCAUCAUCCACCUUUGGCUUUGGCCAGCCAUCGCAGCCCUCUGCCCCGUCUUCGUCCGCCCCGGCAUUCUCUUUCGGUGCGCCGGCAGCUGCUCCUGCUGCUGCGCCGUUUACCUUUGGUGCGCCCGCUGGUGAUUCCGCGUCGAGAUUCAAGAGCCCCACACCGGGCCCAGACGCCGCCGCGGGCAAUGGCUUUAGCUUGGGUAUAGCCGCGAGCGAGGCUCCUAGUAGUCCUGGUGGUAGAAGAGUUAGAGGUCUUCCGAAGAGACGGUAA